AAAUACAGUGAGGGUGCAUAAAUGUCAUCCUAUUUAGUUCAAUAGUUCCUUAAGUUCGUUUAAUUUUCAGUGUGCAUCCAAGUGAACGUUGAUAAACCCAAAAAAACUUAGUUUAAUUAAUAAUUUAAACAUGAUUUUGAAGCAAUCAAAAACAAUAAUAUACAUAAUCAGCUGUGUAGAAUUUAAAGAGUGCCCUUGAAAUAUAAAGAUAAAAGUAACUAAAUAAUUAAUACAUAUUUAUUUUUACUUUGAUAAGUAGUUAAGGAUAAAGGAAUAAAUUUAUGUUAAAAUAAUUUUUGUUUCUAAACUAGUUCAAGAUAAAGUUUAAAAUAAAGUUCAUCGUCGAUAUUUAUCACCGUAUGUUAAAUGUGUGGCAAUUGAACCAUGGUACAUUGAACCUCUCAGUUUCUAUGUUUAUAUUUAGCCGGUACGAUUUGAUAUUAACUUUAACGAUUGUUCCAAUUAUAGCCACCUUCAAAUUGACCUUUUCAACAUUAAUACCUAAUAGCCCACCCAUCAUUAUAUCGAUUCUUCAAGAAAGCAAACUCAAGAUGUAUCUAACAACUUUUUAUAACAUCAUUUGAAAAUUAUAAAUUAUUACGAAACCGUUCUUCAAUUUUGGAGGCUAAUUCAAAACUGACUAUUUAUAAACCCACGCAGACGCUAGUGUAUGAGUAUAUGUAAUGUGUUAUGUUUAACGUUCGUGGUGGUUUUAAAAUAAAAAUGACACAUCUGGUUUUAUGGUUGAUCUAGUGCCUUAGUUACCAUCAUUGUUUGUUAUUAAUUUUUAGCACAAAACAGGUGUGCAACCAUAAAGCAAUACACGUGCAAUAUUUACAAUUUAAAAUUCAAAUGAAGUUCAAACUGAUUAAAAUCGUUUGAUUGAUUGUAAUUAUUAGAACGUGCGUGGGAGAUAAACAAAAGAGAAUAAAUAUUUAUGUUAAACGAAAUACGUAAUAGAAAAAGAAAUAAAUCGGUGAUACUGUUAACAAAAGCAAUUAUUUUCAUCUUCUUUCGUUUAUAAUUAAGGCCCCCACUUUACCCAGGGAUCUCCGGCGUCUUGAAAUUCGUCUUGAAACGUUUAGAAACGAACCUGAACAGUACAGCGUCUGUUAACCAUCACUGAAAGUCGUAUUUUGUUAAUGUAUAUGUCAAAGUUUUAAUUAAAAAAAAAUUAGUUCUUAAGUAAAUUAAUUAAAAACAUUAAUUCAAAUCGGAAAUUAUAAUAAUGAAAUUAAUAAAUUAAUAAACAGUGUUUUUAACUUAUCAAUAAAGAUAAAACCCUAUAAUCUCCGAAAAGAUUAGAUUUUAAUCAAAAAAAAUUUUUUUGUUCUACCGCGACCAGAACUGAAUACAAUAAACGCGUAAAGCAUGAAAUUUCGUAACAACAUUGUGAUCGUGAACCUAAAAAUUCUUUGUUUUGUGUUGGACUUUUCUAUUUAAAUCGAUGAUUAUCCGGCGGCAUACGUUACUUGGAGAUGACCCAAACUUACAAACUCAACUUCAAACGCGUUCAAAUCGUAAACGGUAGGAGAUAAGAGUCUUAAUCGAAAAAGAAAACGUGUAAUUAUUAUUAUGACAACGCGAGAAGUUACCAUAGACGGCGGAUCUCCAUGGGGAUUUCGAAUAAAUGGUGGAUCGGAUUUACAGCAACCAAUUCGGAUCUCAAGGGUAAAUCCUGGAAGUAAAGCAGCAAAUAGAGGAAUAAGGGAAGGCGAUAUCAUAACAUCGAUUAAUGGAGAAUCAACGAAAGAUAAAACGAACUCCGAAACGCAUUCAAUGUUAAAAUCAGCGGGGGAUGUUUUAAAAUUAGGUUUAAACGAAGAGGGCGUGUCGCCAAAAAAGCGUCAGUAUCGGACCGUUCAACAACAAGAGACGCACUCCUCCGAAACAACCAAACGAACGAAUUCAACGAUUCACGUGAUUACAACGACGAAGAAAGAAAUUCAUCACGGCAACAAUAAUAACUCUUUCGAACGAAAUAUCGAAGAAAACUCGAAAACUAACGGUAAGUUGUAGUUUUUAAUUUGUAUAACCCAAU